GGCGCGGCUGACGGGCGGGGAUGGCGGAGCAGUGGGAGCUGGAUGAGGAGGGCAUCCGCCGCUUGGGGUCACUGACCCUGGAGCAACCCGAACUGGUGGAGUCUCUUUCAUUGCAGGGGUCUUAUGCUGGAAAAAUUCAUUCCAUUGGUGAUGCCUUCAUAAAUUUUAAAAACCUCCGAUCCUUAGAUUUAUCAAGAAAUUUGAUCACUAGCCUGAAGGGAAUCCAGUAUUUAUGUUCACUUCAAGACCUGAAUUUAUAUUAUAACAACAUUCCUUCAUUAGUGGAGGUAUCCCGCCUACAGCCUUUACCCUUCCUGAAAGAACUAGAUUUGAGACUCAAUCCUGUUGUCAGGAAAGAUACGGACUAUAGGCUCUUUGCUGUGUACACGCUACAAACCCUGGAGAAACUGGAUGAUCGAACUGUACGUGAAAGUGAGAGAAAAGCUGCCAAAAUGCAUUUUAGUAUGUUGGGCAACAGUGAAAAUUUUCUUUUAGAGGUGGAAAAAAGCAGCUCUAGGGAAAAGACAGUGAAAAACUGUGUGACAGAUGAGAGUUCUUCAUCAAAAGUCAACGCAGAUGUUGAGAACAGGAUUGAAACUGACUCAAACAAAGGACUUUUUAUUCCCCUCCCCAGCCGAGAAAUAAAGGAUUCCCUAACCAGUAUUUCUGCAACCCAGGGCAACGGUAUGCCAGAGCAGAAAUUAGACACUUUCUCACUGGGGACACAGGUAAUAUAUUCGCUUUCCUAUUGAUCUGUUGACUAGUCAAUGAUUAAUACUCAUUAUUCAGUGGAAUCUCAAUUAUUUGUGAAAGUCUAAGAAGACUUGUUUGUUGAAGGUUAUUUUGGAUCCCUUAAAGGGAAAGAGCAGGGCAGGAUAUUAAUUUCAAUCUCCCCUUUUCUUCUCCUUUAC